UUCCGUCAGUUGUUUACCAAAUAGCAAUUCGCCGCGCUUUUUUUCAUUCGAGUCGGCCUCCUUGAAACCAGUGCAGUGCGCGUUUUGUAAAUUAUUGAAUUUAUUUGAUAUCUUUUGUUUGUUGGUAGUGUUAAAUUAUUUACAGUUCAUAAAAUGGCUCAUGUUAAUGGCAAAGAAAACCUACACACUGGACUAAAUAAUGUUCACAUUAAGUCUCCUGUUAAAAACGUACUAGCUACGCGGAACAGCAACGAGAACGCUCAUGUUGAAAAAAUGGAGAUAGAGAAAGAGGUUGACAAACCGAAAUUUGACCCUCAACUAGAACCCCUUCUGAGAGAGAAUCCUCGACGAUUUGUAAUAUUCCCAAUCCAGUACCCUGACAUAUGGAACAUGUAUAAGAAAGCGGAGGCUUCCUUCUGGACAGUCGAAGAAGUUGAUCUGUCAAAGGACUUAAAUGAUUGGGAGACACUGAAGGACUGUGAAAAGCAUUUCAUCAAACAUGUCCUGGCUUUCUUCGCUGCAUCAGACGGUAUUGUGAAUGAGAACCUGGUGGAGCGCUUCUCUCAGGAGGUGCAGGUGACGGAGGCUCGCUGCUUCUACGGCUUCCAGAUAGCUAUGGAGAAUGUGCAUUCUGAAAUGUAUUCUAUGCUCAUUGACACAUACAUACGGGACCCUAAGGAGAGGGACUUCCUGUUCAAUGCAAUUGAAACACUCCCCUGCAUAAAGAAAAAGGCAGACUGGGCCUUGCAGUGGAUAUCAAGCAAGACAGCUACCUUUGGGGAGCGCAUUGUAGCCUUUGCAGCUGUGGAGGGGAUCUUCUUCUCUGGCAGCUUUGCCUCCAUCUUCUGGCUCAAGAAGAGAGGCCUGAUGCCAGGACUUACAUUCAGCAAUGAGCUCAUUUCUAGAGAUGAGGGCCUGCACACAGACUUUGCGUGCCUCAUGUUCAAGCACUUGGUACAGAAGCCCAGCAAGGAGUGUGUGCUGCAAGUCAUCAAGGACGCUGUGGUCAUCGAGCAGGAGUUCCUCACCGACGCGCUGCCCGUUAGACUGCUGGGCAUGAACUGUGAGCUCAUGUCGCAGUACAUCGAGUAUGUGGCUGACAGACUGCUUGUUGACCUCAUUGGGGAAAAGCAUUACAACACCAAAAACCCAUUUGACUUCAUGAAUCUCAUCUCACUGGAGGGCAAGACGAACUUUUUCGAGAAGAAAGUCGCAGAAUACCAGAAAUAUGGAGUGAUGGCAAAUACAAUGGACAAUGUGUUCACAUUGGAUGCAGAGUUCUAAUUCUUGCACUACUUAUAUGUCAUAAGACUGACAGUAUUAGAUAAUUGAGUUCCCGCAAACACAGUUGUAAGUUAAUUGACUAAAUAGCAGAGUAUACUAUAGUGAUAUAUUUUAACCUGCGAAACUUCAACUAACUAAUUAAUUGGACACUGAUUGUAUCAGAAGUGAGAUUCACUUGACAUCUGCAGGAGCUCUUAAUAAUUGUGGCGACAACUCUGACUUGCUUUAAUGUGCAUUCGGAAUUAGUGUACACUGUUUAAUAUAUACUGGUAGACCUAAGAUUCAAAUGUCAUCCGGUGCCUUCUAGUGGAUAUCGUACAGUAGGUAAAUGACAUUUCUCAAUUUAUUUAAUGAUUAUUUUAAUAGGUUGAUAAAGACCAAAAUAGUGAAUAGGCCAGCUGAUAGAUGACUGCUAUGAAAAUAAUUUUAAUAACAUUAUGUAUAUAUAUAUAUAUAUAUAUAAGCAUGGCAUUAUAAUUUUGUUUAUUCUAUAAAUUAAUGAUAAUUUGUAAACUAAUAGUAUAAUUAUAACUCUUAAAUGAAUUUUUCCAGUGUUUUGUAUUGUUUAUUGUAAGUAAAUUUUGACCUAACAAUCAUUGGAGUGGAUUUUAUGUCUUCUAUUAUACAAAAAUAUUGCAUAGACAUUUGAUAUAUCACUAAAGUUUUAAACUUUGUUUUGAUGACGAAACAGUAACUACAAUCUAAUACCUACAUAAUUAACAUGUAAAGUAUGUAUGUACUUACUUAUAAGUACCUACGUAUUAAUUCUAUGGAAACUAAUUACGAUAAUUGUAAACAUAAAUUAUGUUAUGUAUGAUCGAGUUCCAAAUAACGCCGUGACUUCUAUUUACGACUAGAGGACGCCUGAAAUUUCCAUCCCGUGAAAUUCUGUUGUCCAGGCAAGAACAAUGGAUUUUCUUCAAGUGUUAAUCAAGGUUUAAUCUAUCUCCACUUUAAAAUUCAAUUCACAAUCACAAAUUAAAAGUAGUAGUGGUCGGCAUGAAAGAGUAACAAACGCACGCAAACAUUCGCCGUUAUGGUGUUAUUUUAAUUUUAUUAUGCCAAGUAUCCUUCGAAUAUUUUUUUUAUUCAAUGAACACUUUUGCUGAAAUGCAAUUUAACAUGUGUGUGUUACAUGUCUGUCUGCACAAAGUUAAUUUUAAUGUUAUAUUAUUUAAAGUCUACAAGCAGCAGUAAAGUUUAUAAUUAGAACAGACCAAAAACCAGUGGAUAACAACUAAAUCCUUCUAAGUUUAUUAUUAGUUAAUGUAGUAUAAUCGGCAUGAAUACAGUAAGGACGUAGAAUAUAGAUAAGUUUAGAUAUAAUAUAAUAGCAUUAUUGCAAUAACUAAUAGCGAGUAUUAUUUCCAAUUCAAUGUGAAAAGCUAUCAAUGUUUGAUGUUUCUAAUUUGAAUUCAUGUGAUAUAACUGUAAUUUUGAUAUGUAAUAUAUUCAAUUAAAAUAUAUUUUAUUUGGAAAAAAUAA